AUGGCAUGCAUCAGUCACUUGGUAAAAUUGUUGUUUUUCGUAUGUUAUGCUGCAAUGAUGAAUGGAGUAAUGGCUAGUACUUACAAGGUUUUUAAGCUAGAAAGAUCUGUCGAAACAAUUGAUGAUCAAAUGGAGCUUGCUAGACUUCAAUACAGAGACAACAAAAGGCACUCCCGUGGUGGUGGAAUCUUGAAUUUCUCUAUAGGUGGAGAAUCUGAUCCCAGCAUGACAGGUCUAUAUUACACCAGGAUUAAAAUAGGCUCUCCACCACGAGAAUUUACAGUGGAUUUUGAUACAGGAAGUGAUAAGUUGUGGUUAACAUGCAGUCCAUGUCGCGGCUGCCCUCUGUCGUCUCAACUAGGGAUUGAUCUUAACCUCUUUAAUCCUGCAUCCUCAUACUCUGCUUCACAUAUUCUUUGUUCAGACAAAUCGUGCCCAUCAUAUGUUAGUGAUUGUGCUAAUAAGAACAGUUCAUGUGAACUUAUGGUGAAUUAUGCAGACGGGGGUAACGCAACCGGCUAUUAUUUAACCGACACGAUGCAUUUUGAUACAAUUUCAGGACAUUCAGAAAACUCAUCUGUUCCAAUUGUUUUCGGAUGUGGCACACAAAUGGGGGGAUCAUUAACCGAGGAUGGCCAAGCAGUUGAUGGAAUUAUUGGUUUUGGUUACAGAUAUCCGUCUGUCAUAUCACAACUUUCAUCAAAACAGCUUAUUCCAGGAGUUUUCUCUCAUUGUCUGAGAGGAGAAGGUGGUGGAAAAUUAGUUUUAGGUGAAGUUAUUGCUGCAGGAAUUGUUUAUACUCCACUCGUCUUAUCAAAGGAACAUUACGACGUAAAUCUUCUGAGCAUUACAGUAAAUGGUCAGCCAUUGCCUGUUAAUCCAAAUAUUUACAAAACAUCAGACAGUAGGGGAACAAUUGUUGAUUCAGGAACAACUUUAUCAUAUCUGGUGGAAGAAGCCUAUGAUCCAUUCAUAAGCGCGAUAAAUGUUGUAGUUUCACCUUAUGCUGCACCUGUCAUCUUUGAAGGAAACCAGUGCUAUAAAACAGGCAACAGAGGUAUAGACAUGUUUCCUGAAAUUUCAUUCAAUUUUAUUGGUAACGCGUCUAUAGUCUUGACGCCAAAAGACUAUAUUCUGAAUUCGAGACCCUUUAUUGGUGGUGUUAGUUCAUCAUGUAUUGGAUUUCUGAAAACUAGUGUUUCGUCUAUAACAAUUUUAGGAGAUCUUGUUCUAAAAGACAAGAUUGUAAUUUAUGAUUUGGCUGGCAAGAGACUUGGUUGGGUUAACUAUAAUUGUUCCUUGGAGAUGAAGGUGAACACGACAUAUGGAUGGGACGAUAAUAGUGCGGCUGCGAUUAGACGACAACCGAGAGCUAGUCGAUUACGUCUGUUCUUAGUUAUGUGUUUAGUGUAUGUAAUAAUUAGUAGGAAUGGUUUGUUGUAG